UCAAGCAAAGUAGAACUUUCUCGAACUCGUCUAUCUCCCUCACUUUCUUAAAAAAAAAAAAUAACAAUAAAAUGCAAACGCUACUCCUGCCGGCGGUUCGCUCUGGCACGGCGUAUUCCGCGGCGGUGGGACCAACGCCUCCUCUCGUACACCGCCUAAGUCACCGAGCACUCCCCUCUCCUCCGAAUACUCUCUCAACCUCUCAUAAAUCCACACAACCUCUACCAUUAUUCUCUUACAGUAGCUCAUUAUCUAGUUACGAUCCUCUCAAGAACGAAACAUCAAAACUUUUAUCUACCCAAACAAACGCUUCCAAUGCAACUGCUCCUGCUUUCAAUUCCCAAAACGACGAGGCAGAAAGGGCAAAACUCGCUCAGGUGGCAAAGAGAUUAGAGAAUACAUCAAGGUAUUUUAAGCGGCUGGGUAAUCUAGGAUUCUGGGGGCAGCUAAUAUGUGCUACAGUGGCAGCUGUGAUUCUUUCGUUUUCUGUUGUUGUCACUGGGAAGAUCCCAUCGCCUCCUACUUUUUAUGCCACUCUUGGUGGGAUUGCAGCUGCAUUCAUUUCUGUGUUCUGGUCAUUUGGGUACAUUCGGCUUUCUGAGAAGCUGCGAAAAACUGCUAAUGAUCCUUCCAAGGCACCUCCUCGUGCUGAUGUUGUGAAAAGCUUGAAAAAUGGUAUAGUACUGAACCUGUUGGGAAUGGGAGCAGCCAUUCUUGGCAUGCAAGCCACAGUGGGAUUGUUGGUUGCAAAGGCUCUAACUUCCUCUGCAAAUCCUUAUUACCAGCAAAUGACUCCUGGUUACAGUCCAGUUCUUGCGCUGGAUGUGUUUUUGGUGCAGGCGUCAGCAAACACCAUCCUUUCGCACUUCCUGGGGCUCGUAUUCUCCUUGGAACUCUUGCGCUCAGUGACACUACCACCGUCAGAAAGUCUUCCAGUCUUUAAGGUGGCAUAAGUUGUACCGUUUCUUGUCCAGUCAACAGGCGUGUUUUUGUAGCCACAGUUGGAGAUUGUGAUGUUAAAAAUUCCUGCAUAAUAUUUACUCCAAAAUGUGUGCAUUUCUAAAGGUGAUAUUUUGUACCCUACCGUCAAUGAAAUUUAAUUGAUUCCAAAGCCUCGAGCACUUGAUCUCAGGGUAUGGAUCAAUGCUUUCUACUA